UACGAAUGUAGUUUUUAAAUUUAUUUUAUGGGUUUUACAAAUUAAUUUAGUUAUGUUGUCACGACAGUUGGUGUCAAGACCACUUCUGUUGUCUUGUCACUCAUCAAGCAGCUAUACACAUUAUCAGCAAAGUGACCAUAAUGAAUUGUGUAAAUUUGGCAUCAGAAGAUCAAGUUCUCUAGUGGAUAGAAUAAAGAAUACUGCAGCCAGGGGGAAGAAUGCUUACCUCAAAUUUCUAGGAAGACACUUCCCUACGUUAUACCAGUACCAAAUGCAAGUGCUGAAUGGUGUGCUGGAUUUAAAAAGAGAUGCACUCAUAUUUUUUCAAAUGACAAAAGCUCUACGGACUGGUGGAAAACUGAGCACGUACACCAGACAGGAGUUACUGGCAUACCAAGAGAUAUCACAGCAGAAGAUUAAAUUGGUGCCAGUAGUCGUUAUCACUGCUUUGCCAUUCAGUGUUUUAUUUUUACCUCUUUUGUUUGCUUGGCCUGGUAUUUUUCUAACAUCUCAUUUUAUGUCUGAUGCUCAGAGAACAAGUGUAGAGCUGAAUAAACUGGAACACAAGCUCAGUUAUUGUCAAAGUGUUCUAGAUGAUUUUGCUUUAAAAGUGGAAAAACUGCCCUCUCAUAAACGCUCUCGGAAAACAGCUGAAGAAAUUCUAGAUAAGUUGGAGAAGGGGCUCAGCAUACGUGUAAGUGAAAUUCUUCUUAUUGCUGAUAUCUUUGAAGACAGAAAAUACCGUAUGCAUAAUAUACCAUACAGAUAUAGGAUGCAUCUAGCACACUGUAAUGAACUCCGCAUCAAGAAUGUGACAAGAGAUAAUCAAAUUCAAUUCUUCAUUGAUAAAGCUCUUGCAAAGAGUACAGCAUCAGCAUUGACAGAUUCUGAGUUGAAAUGGACCUGUUUUAAACAUGGAGCAAAUCCAACAGUCAUGUCCCGAAGUGACCAAGUUAACUAUAUAAAUAGAUGGAUAGAGUUUAUAAACCAAGUAAAUGAAACACACAUGCCUUUGCUGCUUCAUGGUGUAGUUUUCUUUGGUUAUAAUCACCCCAGUAACUUGAAAAUGAAGGAAAAUCUUGGACUGAAAUGGAAACGAAAGUCUCACCAUCAUGAGAGAAAUCCAAACAAUUAAUAAUGAAUUAUUUAUAGUUUCUAUGGAGAUGAUUGGGAUAAUCAUACAGAAAACUCUAAAAGAAUCUACUCCCCCCCCCCCUCCCCCUCUCCAGUAACAUGCUGGCUUGUUGAAUACACAAACCAAAAGAGCUACUUUUGACAAUACAUGAACAAAGUUCUUUCUCAUAUAUAAAAUAUAUGCAAUGAUGUAAAUUCUGUUUGCUUUUUUUCUAGUUUAGAUAUAACUUUGAAGUUUAAUUUUUUGUACACUCAUUAAGAUUUUUAAACAUGGCAUUUAAUCAAAUGCAUUGACUGUUGUUAAUCAAUUUAAUUUGUAAUCUUCGUCUUUUAAGAUAUGUUAAGUUACAGUGGAUAUGUCUUGCAUUUUGGAGGAAAUUGAUUAUUCAGCUGAAUUUGUUGUUGCCAUGGUUACUAAAAAUAUAAAUUUUUUAGCUCACCUGAGCCGAAGGCUCAAGUGAGCUUUUCUGAUCAAAAUUUGUCAUUUGUUGUGGUUGUUGUAAACUUUUCACAUCUUCAUCUUCUUCACCAGAGCCACUGGGCCACUUUCAACCAAACUUGGCACAAAGUAUCCUUGGGUGAAGGGAAUUCAAGUUUGUUCAAAUGAAGGACCACGCCCUCUUUCAAGGGGAAAUAAUUACAAAUUGUUGAAAAAUUAAUGGCAUCUUUUAAAAAUCUUCUUCUCAUGUACCACUAAGCCAGGAAAGAUGAAACUUAAGUGGAAUCAUCCUCAGGUAGUGUAGAUUCUAGUUUCUUCAAAUCAUGACCCCUUGGGGUAGGGUGGGGCCACAAUGGAUGAGCAAAGUUUUACAUAGGCAUAUAUAGGAAAAAUCUUUAAAAGUCUUCUUCUCAAGAACAGCAAAGCCAAGAUUGGUCAUUUUUAUAUGGAAGCAUCCUCAGGGAAUGUAUAUUCAGAUUUGUUCAAAUCAUGACCCCGGGGUUGGGUUGGGCCACAAUGGAUGAGCAAAGUUUUAUAUAGGAAUACAUAGGAUUUUUUUUAAAAAAUCUUCUUCUCAAGAACAUCAAAGACAUGAUUGGUCAUAUUUAUAUUGAAGCAUCAUCAGGUAGUGAAGAUUCAGAUUUAUUCAAAUCUUGACCCCCGGGGGUAGGGUGGGGCCACAAUAGACGAACAAUUUUUUACAUAGGAAUAUAUAGGAAAAAUCUUCCCAAGAACAGCAAAGCCAUGAUUGUUCAUAUUUAAUUGGAAGCAUCCUCAGGUAGUGUAAAUUCAGAUUUGUUCAAAUCAUGACCCCCAGGGUAGGGUGGGACCACAAUGGACGAGCAAAGUUAUACAUAGGAAUAUAUAGGGAAAAUCUUUAAAAAUCUUGUUCUCAAGAACAACAUAGCUAUAAUUGGUCAUAUUUAUUUGGUAGCAUCCUCGGUGUAGAUUCUAGUUUGUUCAAAUCAUGACCCUCGGGGGUAGGGUGGGGCCACAUGGACGAUCAAAGUUUUACAUAGGACUAUAUAGGAAAAAACUUUAAAGGGGCCUGGACACAGAUUUGAAGUUAAUAUUUUAUCAAAUUUUCUAUAUAACAUCAUGAUUUAUAUGUUGCUAUAGCAUUUCACAUGGAAAUGUAAUAAAAGUCUGUUCAGAAUCCUCUUUAAUCUGGAAAUUAUUGAAGCUAUGAAUUUCGGGACGCAUUUGAUUGACACAUCCUUGCAUUUUCACAAAGUAAACUUUAUCCUUAUAUUUAAGAAAAGUAGAAAUUGUGUUGUGUAUUAAUGAAAAAUAUUAAAGCUAUAAUCCAGAAAAUUCAGAGUAAAAAUGUGAGAAAGCAAAACCAACUCACCAUUGUUGUCAGUCCGUGCUCAGUGAUGUGUGCAGAGUUUAACAAAUUGAACAAACCUGGUGAAAGUAAAACAUAAACAAUAACAGAGCUCGUGUCCUGUUUACAAAAACAGAUGUUUGACGUGAUGUAAAGAAGAAUGUUGUUGUCAUUAAAUUCUAAUAAUAUUCAUAUGUAAGUUCAAUUCAUUCAACUGGUUUUAUUUUUUGAAAAAGAAAUGAAAAUUAAAAUGUAAACAAUGCAACUGUGUCCAGGCCCCUUUAAGAAACUUGUUCUCAAGAACAACAAAGCUUUGAUUGGUCAUGUUUAUAUGGAAACAUUCUCAGGUAGUUUAAAUUCAAGUUUGUUCAAAUCAUUACCCCUUGGGAGUAGGGUGGGACCACAGUGGAUGAGCUAUUAAGCUUUACAUAGGAGUUUAACGGAAAAAUCUUCUUCUCAUGAACAGCAAAGCCAUGAUUGGUCAUUAUCUAUUUGGAAGCAUCCUUAGGUACAUGUAGUGUUCUCUUGCAGCAAAUCACACUCUCAACAUCCUAAUAAGGAAGAAAUUAUUCUGUAAAGCACUUCAGCACUUUUUUUGACCAAAAAAAUGUGUGAUUCUAUAUUUUUGACCCUCGAUUUCAGAUUUCAAUUCGGAAAGAAUAUUGAAUAAUUAUCAUCUCCCAUAGAUGGCACAUAUAUAUGCAUAAAAUUUGUAAAACAUUUUAAAACGAUAUAAUGGAAUUCUUUUGCAUAGGAAAUAUUUGUAAAUGUUUAAAAAAAAAAAUAGUCGUCAUAUUAAAUUUUUACCUGUGGAAAAUUUUUAAAAGUUUCCACACUGAAGAGGAAUAAUUUUCUUGGAACAAAUAAAUCUUGUUCCUCUUCAGGCAUUACUGUGUCUGGUUUGCUGGUUUUCUGAAAAACAUGGAACCUUUCAUCAAGGUAUUUUACAACAAUAUUAGACUUUUUAAAUUUUUUAUUUUAGGUCAAUAUUAUGGAAAUUAAGCAGACAUUCUUUUUAGAUGUAUAAGAUUUUUUUUUUUAAAAAAAAGAAAAUCAUAUUUGAAUGAAAGAUGUGACUUUCAUCCCUAAAAACAUUCUCAACCUUUUCUUCUAUUUUUCCAUCUUAAUGUUUGUCCUGGUGUCUAUAGUUACAUAUACCUAUAUAAAAAAUUUAGAAUGUGUGCAUAAAAAUCCAUCCCUUCUCAAAUAUACAGUACAGCAUUGACUUUUGUCCAUAAAAGCUUGGGUGAUACAAACACUUAAGGAAUUUUUGUUAAAAUUGCAAUUUUUGGGAACAUUCACCUCAAGUUCUUUCAUUAUUUCAAGUAUGAAUUGUUUUUGUUGCAAGAUCUGUUUAUUUCUGAGUUCUCUACUGGCCCAAGCUGCCUGCAUAAGAAUAACAGUAAAUUAAGACAAAUUAAAGUCUGAAAAUCAAA